GAGCUGACAGACGAGGGUCCGGUACCCGUCACUCUGUUCUGCUCCAACAAGAUGGGACAGUCCAUCAGCAUCGCAGACUUUCUGGCCAGUGAGGGCCUCGCCCUCAGAGAGAGAAAACCCAGAGAUGCUGCCAUUCAAAAAUCCAAAGAAGCUGAUGCACAGUCUCCAGUGAGCGAGAUGCAGACUGACGGUUCUGAUGGUGACGAAAAACAAACUCCCGCCGCUCCUUCUGGCGCUCCUUUCUCCUCUGUCGUCUCCACUCCAAAACCAGCCCGCCGCACCAUUAUGUCUGCUGAGAAGGUGAAGACCGGGUCGUACGACCCCCCAGAGCUGCCGUGUCUCGGUCACAUCCAGAUCAGUGUUUCUGCCGUCGGAGAGGACGGACUCAUUUACACCAGAACACAGAACCAAGAGGGUCAGCUGGAGCAGCUCAGGGACAGGAUCCAGCAGAGCAUGAAGACUUUGCCCAGACAGAAGCCCUACACCUGGAAGUCUGUGCAGGGCUGUGCCGUCAUCGGACCGGACAUGCUGUGGUACCGAGGAACGCUGCUGGAGGUGCUGGGAGGACACGUCAAGGUACAAUAUGUGGACUCCGGCCUAGUGGAGAACAUCCCAGUGGUGCAUGUGUACCCGAUGCUGCUGUGUGACGACGUCCCUCAGCUCUGUAUGCCCUGCCAGCUGCACAGCAUCAACCCUGUCGGGGGGAGGUGGCAGCGGGAUGCGGUGGCCUUGCUGAGGGAGGUGUUGCUGAACCGCUGUGUGGACAUGCGAGUCACGGAGCUGCCCUCUGACCUGAGAGGACCCCUCACCGUUGAGCUCUUCCUGGAUGGGCUGAGCCUCAACAGGAUCCUGUGUCACCACGAACAUGCCUCCAUGGACCAGACGGUCUCUGCACAGAAG